AUGGAGUGGGCGAGGAGGAGUGUGAGGGUGAGUGAGGGAGUGGAAGAGAUGGGCAAGCGCCUCAACGCCACCCCCCUCCACCUCCCUCCCUCCCUUUCCCCCCUUCCCCUCCCCCCCCUCUCCCCGGAUGGGCAAGCGCCUGGGGUGCCUAUAAUGGGAAAGCGUCUCGGCUUCCCAGUCCUCUACGGUGACGGGUGCCGCCCGGCAGUGCUCGAGUCGGCCGGCAUUCCGCGUCCGCUAAUGGCCAUUGUGGUGUACUCGGGGCGGCAGCAGUCGGUGUCUUCUGUGGAAAGUUUACACAAUGCCUUCCCAGGGCUGCCCAUAUACGCCCGAGCAGUGGACGCGAGUCACCUGGCGGAGCUCCGAAAGGCCGGCGCCACAGACGUGGUUCUGGAGAGUGCAGAGGCCGGCCUUCGACUGGGCUCCAUGCUACUCCAAGACAUGGGAGUGAUGCGAGAUGAUGUGGUGUUUCUGAGGCGACUCAUGCGAGAGGCUCUUGACACGGAGGCUGUCAACCGCCGCACGGGCCAGCGCUUGCUCAAGGACAGAUCUGAUCUGGGCGGAAGCUGGCCGGCCAAGGAGGAGAAUCUGGGCGGCAAGCGGGCGGCAAAGGAGGAUUUGGGCGGCAGCAGGGUGGGGAAGGAGGGAGAGGGUGGUAGAGGAGAGGAGAGUGACAGGGAAGGUGAUUCGAGUGGGGAUGAGAAGGGGGAGGAGGGGGGAGGUAAGGUGAGGGGUGGAGAGGAUGGGGAGAAGGUGGAGGGGAAGAUUGAGGAGGGGAGAAAGAGUGGUGAUGGUGGGUUGGCUGCGGUGAAAAACGCUGGGGAUAAGGGGUCCGGCAGUGAUGGCGUGGGAGGGGAGUCGUCCUUUUCAGCAAGCGACGAUGGGCUACAGUAUUUCUCUGAUGGUGAGGAUUUUAUUGACAUGAAGCUAGGUUGCAACUCCAGUAGUGGUGGUACUUCUCUUGAGCAAUGA